CCGGGGAUGCGUCGGUUUUUCCAAGGGAGAAUCUUCACCCUCAGCACCAUUAUUCCCAUAACCACGAGACCAAAUCAAAUAGUCAAUUACACAUUACUCCCUAGUUUUCGUUAAAAACACGUCAUUUAUGACUGUUCUAAGCGGUGUCAGUCAACUAUAAUGCUACACUGUUUUCACGAGCAUGAGGGUGGUACGGCUAUUACUGUGCUACGUACUUCUGGAGGACUACUGUAGCAAUGUCGGUGCAGCAAUUACCAGCGACAUCGUUCACCAGGACUUUUCGUCGGAGCAAAACACCGCAACUUUACUCGACAAUAAUGUGCCGAGUUUUGCCACGGCAAUUGGAAACGUGACGGUGGCCAGCGGCCGUGAAGCCAUUUUGUCCUGCACCAUUAGGAGUCUGGGAAAGUACAAGGUUGCAUGGCUGCGGAAGGAUGACAUGAUGGUACUGUCAAUGGGUACUAAAACCUUGACUAAUUCUCACAAGUUUUCGUUGUCCCUGGAGAACAUGAAGCCUAAGACGAAUUUGACGACUGGAAGAAAUGAGGACGAGGCGACGUGGAAAUUGCACAUAAAAACUCUUAAGGAACAGGAUCGGGGAUGCUACAUGUGUCAAGUUAAUACAAAACCAAUGCUCAACCAAGUGGGCUGCGUUGAUGUUCUGGUUGCACCUGAUAUCCUAACGUCGGGGACAUCAGAAAGCGAGGUAAUCGUCAAAGAGGGUGAAAACGCUACGUUGGAGUGUAAAGCAUCAGGAAGACCACCGCCCACGGUAUCGUGGAAGAAAGAGAAAAAUGAUUUUUUACUCAGAAAAAAUCGUGAUCAAUUUACUAAAGUGCAGACGUGGGCGGGUGAGCGGCUGGAAUUAAUCAGGGUAGACAGAAAGCAAAUGGGGGCCUAUCUUUGUAUUGCAAAGAAUGACGUACCACCGGGUGUCAGCAAACGAGUUUAUUUGCGAGUACAUUUUUCACCAACGGCUAAAGUGAAAGAUGAACUUGUUCGCUCACCCCUGGGCACCGAUGUCUCACUCAUAUGUGAAAUCGAGGCCUCCCCAAGAACAAUAAAUGUGUGGCAGAGGGGAAAACAACUCGUGUCAAUAAGCAGUGAUGAUAGAUUUGUGAGUAAUGAGACGAUUAGUGAAAAAGAAGAGUGGAAGACAACCAUCGAACUCAAGAUAAAGCAACUUAAGGUGGAGGAUUUGGAUGAGUACAAGUGCAGAGCAACAUCGGUGAUCGGGGUGGCUGAAGCCAGUCUGCGAUUGUACCAGAUUGAAGGUGUGACGCAAGCGACACGUGCGACUUCCACCAGUGGGAGGAGAUACAAUGGAGGAAAUUCAUUAUGGAGGACUACACCAAAACUUGCAUACAGCAGAACUAGCACGCCGACUUUACAAAGGAGUACAGUUGCAUUCACUCAUGAAAGAGGAAAAAUUUUUACAACAACGACACCGCACUCACGUAUACCUCUCACUAAAGAUCACAAUGCUUUUAAACAUAAUGAAAUCUUUGAUGCAAGUGUUUCAACGAUAGUCUACAGCAACUUUAUUAUCAUAACUGUUGCCCUUCUUGUGGUAUUAUUUUAAUAUUAGUUCUGGGAGAGUCCCUUUUGCCACUAUAUCUGCAAUUAUCUACCUGCUUUUUAAUUGAAUUCCGCGGCUCCUCGUCUUCCAUUAUUUUUUACCUCUUUUUUCCCUCACCCUUGUAUGUUUCAUCAGUUUUACUGAUAAUGCCGACGUUUGAGCGCGUAAUAUUCCACAGUAGAAGUUGCAUUUACAUAGUUCUCCAACGAAAGAAGGAAAGAGAAUUUCUAUUUUUAUUUUCUUUCAUCUCUUCUGGCCAUAAACAUGUCUCCAAAAAAAAACCAUCGCCCGAGGAAUUCAUAAUUUUGCAAAGUUAUGCGCGUAGGCAAUUUAUGAUAAUACCCGAAUGAAGGAUGAAUAUUUUUCAUCAGCAUCGUCGAAUGUCUUAGCUGAAGUGGGACAUAUCCAAUGUUCAGAUUGUUAUAUUUUCUUGGAACUACAAAAUUUCGAUAAUGAAAAUUUUUAACAAAGGCAUGUGAAAAUUCAUGGAAAUUCAUCAUACGACAAUGGCGUUCUAGUUUUAACUAUUAUAGAUAGUUGUAAUUUGGAAAACGCGAGUCAUGGGUUGACUAUGGAUUUCAUGAUAAAAUAUGAGACAAAUAAUUAGUGUAAUGAAUUAAAUUUUAUGCAAUAUAUAUAAUAUAACGAGUUUUAUGAGAUCGGAGGAUGAGAGCUCUGAGAAUCCCAUAUUCCUUGCUGUUGAACAAGUCAUAUCUGUAGUAGGUGUACCACUGUAUUAGAUGUUCUCAUGUGGUUAAUUAAAUUAUAAUUCGUUGAAUUUUCGUUCUGAUGGUUGAGAAUACAUUGAGAAUACAAGUGUCAAAAGAAACAUUCCUUUGUGAAAAAACUGGACAUAAAAAUCCAGCACUCUUUAAAAAAAAAUUCGCGUUGGAGAAAGAUUAUAUUCAUUUGUGCCCUAAUUUCUACUGAAAAUGUUCUUCACAAUCAAAACAAGUCUACAAUGUUGAAUUUUCAACGCACGAUUCAAUAGUAUUUUUCAUUACUAGUUUACAUUUCGAAGCAAAACCGAAAAAUGUCAAUACAGUCGUCAAAAAUAGUAUAUUUCGUAACAAGUGUGGAAAAGUGACUUUUGGCAAGUGGUUUAUAGCACGCGCCGAAAGCAUUGACUCAUGGACGGAGUGACAAAAUUAAUGAUAAUUAAAAAAUAUGUACUUAAUCAUUUUUGAGCAUAAAAAUGUCAUAAAUUUGUCAAUUGGAUAAUUCACCGGAAAAUUUAAAAAACCGAUAUGGAUUGAUUCCUUUUAUUGAAUAACUAUAAAAAAUAUAAGAGCAAGCGAAAUUUUCUACAGAAAUUAUGGCACGAAAAAUCAUAACGUUUUAUGAGAAUUUGGUGGAGUCACGAUAUUUUCCUUUCUUUUUUUUUCGUACAUGUAGCCCUAUGCUUUGCGGUUUAAUAAAAACUGGAGAGUUUUACAGUUUGUUUUGUACAGUUUAACGAGAAUUACAUUGACUUGACACAUAGACAACGAAGUUUAUGCACGUCGUUAUAAAAUGUUAUUCAUUAAUUUGUAAAUAUCAAUAAACACAUAUCCUAAUUUAAGACCAUAUCAGUUGUAAUGUUCCACAAAGUAUAGGGCAUAGUAGUAACUAUAUACAUUGUAUGAUAGAAUGAAAUGAUGAAUGAUCAAUGUAACUGUCUAAUGAAUUAGAUGUACUGUCGAACGAUGCUCAAUACAUUGGAGAAAUGUAGUACCUAUGGAUAUAAAAUGAGUACAUAAGCAUUCUGUUGUUUAUAGUAAAAAAAGAAUUAUAUAUAUUCUAAGAUAUACAUGUAAGAAUGGGAGAAUGUGCUCAAAUUGGAUAUACAUUAGCUUUGCAGGCGUUAGGUGUUGACAAAUAAAUUGAAAAAAAUGUAAGUCAUCGUUUCUAUUGGUUUCGUAUAUUUAUGUUGUUUUGAUGAAUUUCGUUCUGUAUUAAAGUUGUUUGUUCACUCUCCAA